UACAAACUCAAUAUAACAUCAUGGUAGGAAUGUUCAUUUUGGCCAAAGAUAUAAGUCCUAUGACUUUGAAAAGAGCUAUCAAACUAAGGCUUGUGAGAACAUAUGAAGUUCAUGCUAACCGUGGCAACAACUCUAUUAAAAGCAAAGAAUAUAUCUUCCAUGAUGAAGAGGGGACAUAUCUUCAUGCUUCAAUACCAAGAGAACAAGUAGAAAAAUUCCAGAAUGUCUUCAAAGAAGGUGCUAUGUAUGGCGUGAAGAACUUUUUAGUAAUAACAAAUUAUUUUACCUACAAAACUACUGAACAUCGGUUCAUGUUAAAGUUUAACUAUUCUACCAUUGUCAAAGAGUACAAGCCACGAAACUUCCCCAAGGUGUUAUUUAGAUUAAAAAGUAUUGAAAUGUUGAUUUCUCAGAAGGAUCUGAAUGAAAAGCAGCUGCUAGGUAUAUUGCUUCAUCUCACAUUUUCAUACGUUGAUUUACAAUUUUAUUCAAGUUUAUAUUUUUAUAUCAAAUCAAAAUUGUGCACAGAUGUGAUUGGGAAGGUUGUGGAGAUAUAUUCUCCACUGGACAAAAUCAUUGAUGGCAGACCGUCUAGGCUUAUUGAUUUCAUAAUUGAAGAUGGACUGAGUAAUCGUCUUAAGUGCACCGUGUGGGAUAAUCACGUUGAUUCAAUCCUACCGUAUUAUAAUUCUGUUAUUGAAGGACCACUGAUUGUUCUGAUUCAACUAUGUAGGGCAAAAGAAGUUAAUGGAGAAGUCAGAAUUUCCAGCUCUUAUAGUGCAACUAAGAUGUUAUUCAAUCAUGACUUGCCAGAAUUUAAUGAGUUCAAGAAAAGUCUUGGAGGCCUUCAAACUCCUCUACGGACUAUUAGUUCAAUUUCGAGGCUAUCUUCGGGAAAUACAAUCAUUGACUUACAGAGUGGUGACAUUGUGGUCAGUACAGUUGCAGAUUUAUAUGAAAAGAAAGAGGUUGGUGAAUAUUGGGUCCCUGCAAAGAUUGCUGGAAUUGAGAGUGUUGGUGAUUGGUCAUAUCGUUCGUGUGUUAGUAGUGGCUGCAACAAAAAGUUGGUCCUUGACGAGGGACUGUUGUGUUGUACCAAAUGCAAGAGGAAAUGUGAGGAAGGGAUUUUAAAGUAUAGGCUCAUUGUGCGGGUCUACGAUAAUAGUUUUGAUGCUCCCUUCCUAAUUUGGGUCGGGAAUGUAAUGAUUUGUUGGGUUUGACAGCUAAAGAUUUGAUGAAAAAGUAUCCUGAGGGCUAUGAUGAUAUCCCAAGAGAGAUUGAGGGUUUAUGUGGAAGGAUCUUGCUAUUCAAGGUGUCAGUGAAGAAGGAACAAUUAAAGAAUUUUAACAGUGAUUUUCCUGUUAUUAAGGUGGUCACUGACCCAGCUAUGUUGUCUACAUAUUGUUCUAUGUUGGAGUUAGAACAGGAUAAAGAUCAUAUUUCAAGGAUGGUUGAUGCUACUACUGACAAAGAAGAUGCUGAGAUGGUAAGUGUUUUUAAUAGAGAAAGAUAAUCACUUUUCAACUUCAACAUAUAUUUUCACAUUUAUAUGUUUUUAAAAAUGUAUAGGAACUAUCUUUUGGGGAUGAAGCAGAAAGCCCAGUAAACUUAGGAGAUAAUGAAGAUGUUGAUCUUGAUCCAAAAGCGGUGUCAGUUAAACGCCGUCUACUUGACGAGUUUUCAAGCACUAUGAAAAAGGGGAAAGCUAUCAUUGUCAAAAAGGAGAAAUGAAGGACUGUUGGAAUUAUUAAUGUUGUUUUUUGAAACACUGAAGCUGAAUGUUGUUUUUGAAAGACGGACGUUUGAUGUUGUUUUUGAAAGACGGACGUUUGAUGUUGUUUUUGCAAGACAGAAGUUUAAAGUUGUUUUUGUAAGACUUUUAACCGUUUCGGAUAUUGUGCUCAUGUGCACAGAUUGAUGUACUGUUUUGAAACUUACUAUGUUUAAUAUUUAAAUUGUGUGUGUUCUGUAAUUGUUGUUUUUGGAUUUUGUAAGUUAAACUUUGCAGGUUUGCUGGACUGAUUAUAUAUUGAUGGCAAGUAAAUAUGGCACUACAGAGUCUGCAAAAGCAGGGUAUGAGUAAUUUAAGGUAGUAUUCGUUUUGUUUUUUAAACUAACAUUUUAAUUAUGUUUGACCAAAUAAAAUGUAGGGAACUUAACAGUGUCAUUUUUCUUGCAGAUUCCAGCAACUGCGGAGCAAAUAUUAUAGAUGAGUACAUGACAAUUUAUCUGGCCAUGCAGAUUCCAACACAAGCUUCAAGAUCAAUAUUGGGGGUGGUCUUUUGGAAUACAUAUUUUCUGUGCUUAAAGUAGUAUUUGACUUGCAUUUAUUGUAAUGUCUAUGUACAAAUAUAAUUUCACAAAUGUACCAGUAACCAGUUUAAUAAAAUCUUGGUUUUUGUUCUUAUCAUUAGGUGUAUGCCCAUAAAAAUUAAUUCCAUAAAAUAAACUACAACUAAAACACUAUAAUUUCACACUGUAACAACACACAAAUGUUUAUACUAUAUAUAAGCUGAUGUAUAAU